AUGUUCAAAAUCUCAUACUAUAAAGAACUGAAGAAGUACUUACAAUUAGUGGGGCUACAUCAAAAACAAGGAGUCGGAAAUAUUAGUGUAAUUGUAAUGGUGAUAAGUAUCACAAGCAUUCUUGUUCCAACGAUAUUAGAAUUUUAUGCGUCAUUACGUGCAAGAAAUAUCGACGCCGCGCUUGAAUGUGUACCACAUUUAGCUGCCUCUUCGGCCAGUGUUGUGAAAUUAUCGAAUAUACACGUCUACCGAAAGAAC